AUGGCAAACCCUCCCGACGAAGAAGAUGAUUACUUAACAAUGACCUUCGAGGAGCCAAAUCCAUCUACAAAGAAAGAGACACUUACCCAAAAGAAACGACGGCAGGCUCGAGAAGCUGAAGCCAAAGGUCGACCCAAGUCAAAAGCCGAAUUAGCUGCUGAAGAAGCAGUGAAACGAGAUGAAGCCCUCAAGACCAAUACUUUGGACACAAGCAGCAGAGGCUUCAAGAUGAUGGCUGCUCUGGGCUACAAACCAGGUACUGCUCUAGGUGCUACGAGAUCCGAGGAUGGCGACGGCGCCGCAGAGACACGUCUACUUGAGCCAAUCGGUCUCGAAAUGAGAGAAGGACGUGCGGGCAUUGGUGCAGACGCUGAGAACAAGCGCAAGUUUCGAGAGGAAGCCGCAGCAGCGGAAGAAGAGAUUAAGAAGAGAAAGGUCGACGAAGGCGACUUCCGGGAACGCCAACAAAAGGAACGCGAGGAGAAGCGAACCGAAGGCCAGGUAUAUGGGGCAAUGAAGGUUUGUGAACGGCUCGAAGAGAAUGAAGCCAAUAAUCACUUGGAGGGACAUUCCGUCAACAAGCCACGUACGGAAACGUUCCAAAGCGUCAACGUCCUCUGGCGAGGACUAGUCAAGCAGAGAUUGUUACAGGAGCGAGAUCGCCGCAUGAGAUACGACCUGCACCAAUCGCUCUCGCGCCGAGCUGAGAACGAUGACCCGGAGGAGGAUAAGGACGACAAGAUUGCGUUGAACAAGAGUGCCGAGAUCGAAGAAGUGGACAUUGAUUUGGAUCAGGAUGAUGAAGAGCUCGAUGAGUUUGAGAUUUUACCUGCCGCCGACAAGCUUGCCAGACUUACAACAUAUCUGCGCGAGAAGUGGCACUAUUGUUUCUGGUGCAAGUAUCAAUACCCUGACGAGUCCAUGGAUGGCUGUCCAGGUUUGACUGAGGAAGAACACGACUGA